AUGCCUUCAUUUACUCUUCGGUAUUCAAUUUACUGAAAAACUACCGAAAAAUUCCAUGCAAUUCUACCGAAAUAUCGUCGAGUCCACCUGGCAACACUGACAUAACCUUUAAUUUUGUGACCAAUAGCAAAAAAGUUUUUUGAAAGAGUUUCUGUGGUCUGUGCCUCUGUGGUGGCAAGUGAAGGUUUCUUUGUCGUUAAAUACCUUCAAAAUCAUCAAAUUCUGCAAUCGCUUUUUCUAAACUUUAUUGAUUCUGGAAUAAAGAAUAUAAAAAUGGUAGUACCACCUCAUCAGUACCUUAAACCAGUUGGAUCUCUACUAAAGGUACCACUUGAUAAAUCAAAUAUAAUUAACAACUGCUCAGUAACAAGUAGUAUUAUCAAAACUGUUGAAAAAUCCCAGCCAACCCUUGGUCCCUUAGACAAUAUUGAAACUUCUAAAAUGCAGCAAUGGAUUGAAUACAGUAUUGUCUACGCUGCUAAUAUUGAUUGCUCUCAAGAUUCUCAUACUAUUUUGAAGGAACUGGAUGAUACUUUGUCUAUUACAACCUAUUUGAUUGCUUCUAGACCAACUAUUGCUGAUGUAUUAUUGUAUCAUGUUUUGGUUAACAUACUGGCAUCUCUGGGAAACUCUGACAAGGAAAGCUAUAUGAAUGUAUGCAGAUGGUUUGACAACAUACAGCAGAAUAAGUUGUUUAGGCAAUCAAAUAAGUUGGUCAAUUUUACCAUAAACUAUUUAUCAAGAAUAGCUAAUAUUAAAGUGGACUAAGAUACUGAUGAAUGGCAUAUUUCAGUUCAAACCUCUUCAAAAUUUUUAGCGAUCAAAAAUCUUGCUGCCUGUCCCCCCACUUAACCAAAUUGCAGAUGGCCAUAAUCAAAUUCAAGCGGAUAACCAAAUAGAAAUGGUAUUUACCAUUUUGGGUUGGUAUUUACCAAUCCGUUCAAGCGAGUGUAGUUAUCAG